AUGUCAGUGGGAAACCAAGGCUCUCAGACACCCACCGAGAGUAAGGAGAUAAGCUCAGAUGUUGAUACUAAUGCUCCGACUUCAGACUUACCCAAAAAUAAGAGUAAUACUACCUUGAGUAGUACUAAAUACGUGACGGAUCACAAUCCCGACGAGGUUCCGAAGUCUAUUGAUGCUAUAAAUGCAGCUGCUGCCAACCAUCCCAACCAUCAAUUUGACUUGAACGCCAUAAGAGACCUUUUGGAAAGCGAUGUUGAUAAGUAUCUCCAAGGAGUGAGAAGUACUGAUGUCGACUGGUUUCUUAGAGACUUCAAAGCCCUGCCUUCUCGAAGUGGCUCGUUGGAUGACAAACCAAGCGAAGCUAAAGAAGAGGAUAAAGAUGCCAAAAAACUAUCUAAGAAGAAAUCUAAUACCUCACUUUCGCCAGUAAGCUCACAUUUAACCACUAAUAUUUCGAAUACUAAUGAUCAUAACUUGGCGAAAACCAAACCGUCAAUUUCUCCAAUACAAGAAGAGUUCGUAUCCGCCAAAGAUAUCGGGGAAGAGAAGGACCAUGACUCUACCGCCAAUACUUUCUCGAAUUUAAGAAGAAGGGGUAGCGUCGCCGGCGGGUUUUUCUCAAAAUUAAAGGGAAAAUUCCAUAGAUCAAAUAGUGAAGCUGGUGCUCCAGUUAAUGAAAAAUCUUCAACUGGCCAAUAUCGUCAAAGAUCUUCGUCCCAGCCAAUGCUUUUCAAAGAUAAUUAUGAACUCAGAUUGAAAAAAUUGAAUAGUGGGGGUGGUCCAGUCUCUGGACCUGGUCCUAAAUGUAAUGAUGAUUUGAGAUUAACUAGAUCAACCUCGACUCCUAAUUAUAACGGAGAUAACUCGAAUAUAGACCCUAAGUUGAAUGAGUAUAUUAAGUUCUAUCAACAAAGAGACCUAAACCGUACCCCUUCGGCAUCUUCCCGUCGCUCUUCUGCUACGUCCAUUCAUUCUCCUUGCAAGAAGAUUGACGAAAAUUCCAUUCCAGAACACCCUUCCAAGUCUCCUUUACCUAGUGCUUUGAAAAAUCCUUUUGAUUCGGCCACUUAUAAUACAAAUAAUAAUGAAUCAAAUGAAGCCCCUUCAACUUCCAGCAGACUCUCAUCCUUUUUGAAAAGACGUAGUGUCUCAAAUAUUGCACAACCAUCAAAUGCAGAUAAGCAACGUGUUUCCUUGGAAUCUUCAAACUCUCAAAUGAACCUGCUUGAUUCUUCUUCAACGGAAGAUGCCUCUACCGAGUUUAACGGUUUGAAACCUUUGAAAAGGGUUGCUUUCCAUUCUUCAACUUUUUUAAUUGACCCUCCUCAACAGAUUCCUUCUAGAACUCCAAGAAAGGGUAAUGUUGAAAUCGAUCCUAACGGCCAUGUAAGGAUAAACCCAUUAACAGAAGAAGAUAAAAUUGCAAUUGAAAAGUCUCAAAUGGGCAAAGGUGGUGGUUUGGUAGUUGGUGGAACUGGUGCAUUAGGCUUGAUCAAACAUGAUGAAAAAGAAAAUCAAGUAUCUGCUCCUGAACAACCUGAUGAUACAAAUAAUGAUGAAGAGGAUAGUGCAAUCGAUAAACACGCAAAAUUGAUUGCAAUUGAUAAACCAAUGAUUCAUCAAACUAGAAAUUCUAGUUACAGCGUCCCCAUAAAGAAAAUGGCCCUCGAUUUAAUGUACACUCGUUGUUGUCACUUAAGAGAGAUUUUACCAAUUCCAGCUAUCUUAAAGCAAAUUCCAAAAGGUUCAAUGGCCCCUUUGCCAAUAUUACAAUUGAGAAACCCAACUCCAACCAUGGUUGAAGUUCAAACUUUCGCAGAUUUCUUAAGAAUAGCUCCUGUUAUUUGUGUCUCAUUAGAUGGGGUUAGCUUGUCCCUUGAACAAUUCAAAAUUAUUCUUAGUGCCAUGAGUGCUAAGAAACAAUUAGAGAAAAUAAGUUUACGUAACACUCCAAUUGACCAUGAAGGUUGGUCAUUAUUAUGCUGGUUUUUAUCUAGAAAUACAGUUUUAAACAAAUUAGAUAUCACUCAAUGUCCUUCAUUAUCAGUUAACUUAUUGAAGAAAAAGAAAAGAAAGCCAGAAGAUAAGAAAAAGAAAGAGGAAGUUUUGGAAAGAAUGUUGUGUAAUCGUGAAAAUAGAUCAGAUAUGGAUUGGUCUCUUUUCACUGCCACUAUCAUAGCUCGUGGUGGUAUCGAAGAACUUAUUUUAACUGGUUGUUGCAUUACUGAUUUGGACAUUUUUGAAAAAUUCAUCAAGCAUGCCGUUGCUAUCAAAACUAAUAGAUUAGGUUUGGCUUAUAAUCAGCUUUCGGCCAACCAAUUGAAAAUAAUAAAUGACCAUUAUUUAUAUCUUGACUUUGUUAGAGGAGUCGAUAUGGGUUAUAACGAUUUUUCAUCAACCAAGUACUUGAAUGUUUUACUUGAAAUAAAAAGAGAUCCUCGUUUUGAGAAGAAGAUUUCUAAUUCAUCUUUAAGCUUUAUGAGUUUAAAUGCAACUAAUUUAAGAUUUUCAGAUACAUUUAAAGAGGUUUUCGAAUGUAUCAUCAUGAAAUUUCCAUUAUUGAGAUAUUUGGAUCUUUCAAAUAAUGCAAGGUUAUUUGGAUCAAUAAGUACUUCAAAUACCCCAAAUCUUAAUCCAGACUCUUCCAUAGACUCUGAAAGUAAUAGUGAUAAAUCAAAUACCUCUUCUAAAUCUGAUUUAUCACAAGAUUCAAUAAUGAGUUAUUUUUCAUCAAAGAUACCUUUGUUUCCCAAGUUAAUUCGUUUACAUUUGGAAAAUAACAAUUUAAGUUCACAAGCAUUGGUAUCCAUUGCUAAAGUAUUACCAUUUUGUAAGAACUUGAGUUAUUUUUCAGUUAACGGUAAUGAAAUGGAUUUAGUUGCUGGAUCAGCUUUAAUCCAAGCUUUGAAAAAUUCAAAGACCUUGAUUACUUUGGAUUGUGACUAUGAAAACUUCCCAGAUCUAUUCAAGGAAAGAAUUGGUUUAUAUACCAUGAGAAAUAUGGAAAGAUUACUUUACUUAUCAGGCGAUGGCCAUAAAGCUAAUGAGCGUUUAGAGGAAGAAACUUUGAGCUCUUCAUUAACAGAGCAACUUAAUAAUAUCCUAUCGAAGAAAGCUGAGGAUAAAUUGGAUUUGAAGGAUCCAGAAGUUGUUAAAUUCAUCAAUAAGGCUCGUGCCAUCCGUCGUGAAUUGAAAGAAACUAUGAAUGAAUUAUUCAAACUUCAAUGGAAUAAUGAAUUGAACUUAGAAGGUAAAGAAACUUUGAUAAGAUUUGUAUUCAUUGACUCAUCAAUUGAAAAAGGUUUACAGUUAAUUGAUAACUCUUUAUUAGCAGCAGAUGAACCUCAAAGUACUUCUAAGAUGUUUAUGUUAGGGGCCGCAGAGGACGAGAAUAAUAAGUAUAAAAUGGCUCAAUUAUCUCAAGAUGAGAGCCUGAAUACUAAUCUACCAGUGUCAGAUACAAAUGGAGUACCGCACAGUAGUUCACCAUUAGUUUUAUCGAGGUCUCAAUCGAAGACAAGUUUGAAUAAUCUUAACAGAGAAGAAGGGUCAGUUUUGAAGCUCCUGAAACUUCAUGAUUUCCACGAAAAAGAAUUAUUUGAGUCAUUUGAAUCAUUAUCCGGAGAAGAAAUUAGAGAAAAAUUGAUGAGUGUUGAUUUUGCUGAUUUAGAUAAGAUUAUCCAUGUUUUAGAAAUAUUAAAAGAAAAAGGUAUAUCAUUAAGUCAGUGUUAUUGUGGUGGUGAUGGAAAGGACCAAUUCACCAAUAACAAAUAUGCAGAAAGCAGACACUUGCUAGAUAUCAAUGAGAUACAGAAAAAGAUAGCGAAAUUGAAAGGGUGGAAUAAUCAGUCGAGUGAAAAAAUGGAAGAAUCCGUUUCUGAAGAACCUUUAAAUGAAGGUGAUCUGGAUAAAGAUUAUGAGGGAGAAGCAUCACCUGAAAGUCCUCACCAGGGAGACGCAAUUAGCCAAGCAUAUGAUAAAGUAUUGAAUGAUCUUGCCUAAUUUAAUUCUAACAUUUGAAACUUACUUUGUAUAAUAUUUUUUACAUUAUAUUGUCAUUUAUAUGAAAACAUUUAUAUAUAUAUAUUAUAAUACAUG